CUUCCAGUGUCCGUCCGGCCAAGAGGGGGGAGACACCAGAUAUCACAGACACCAUCGAGGAGGCCGAGGAAGGCCACUUUUUGAGGAUUUAGAGGAGCAGAAGACGUCUGCUGGGGGUUGACAAGCAGCCAGGCUGAGCUGACUUUACCCCCCGAGGAGGAGUCGCAGUUGCCGGCCAGGGCAGGUCCCAAGGCUGGCAGGGGCUGGCCCUACUGCUUCUCCACCUCCGUCCCUUCCUCCUCGUCCACUUUUCCUCAUCCUCCCUUGAAGAGCUGCUGCGCGGUAGUGCUGAACCUACAGGUUGAGCCUGUAGGCGACACGGGAAUGCUCAAAUAUUCCCCAAAUGUCCGAACACUCCAGAGGAGAAGCCUUCUUUAACAGGACCUCGUUGCCGUUUUUUCUUUUCGCACUCACUGGUUGAGUGCAUCGAGGAGAUUUGUGUACCCCCCCACCUCCUCCGUGUUUUUUUUUUUUCUUUUUUUAAACCGGAACGCUGGCGACCUUUUCGGUAGCACGGUGCAAGGACCAGCUCCACUCGCCCAAGAUGAGCCGCUGGCUGAAAUGCACCUCCAUGCACUUUAACACGGACUGGAACAAGUAUGACGAUCGGCUGAUGAAAGCGGUGGAACGCGGGGAGGUGGACAAGGCGGCCGCCGUCCUCAGCAAGAAGGGUGUAAUCCCCACCAAGCUGGAUGUGGAGGGACGGUCCGCGUUCCACCUGGCUGCAACGCGCGGACACUUGGAUUGUCUCAACCUCAUACUGUCGCACAACGCUGACGUCACGGCGACGGAUGCCACAGGUAAAAAUGCUCUCCAUCUGGCUGCAAGAAAUGGACAUUCACUGUGUGUGCAAAAGCUCCUUCAGCACAACUGUCCGGUUGGAAACGUGGACCUCCAAGGAAGGACGGCUCUCCAUGAUGCUGUCAUGGCGGGCUGCUCAUCCAGCGUGAAACUUCUCUGCGACAGCGGCGCUGCGGUCAACGCCAGCGACUUUGAUGGCAGGACUCCGCUGGUGCUGGCAACCCAGAUGUGCCAUCCACGCAUCUGUCAGCUUCUCGUUGAGCGAGGGGCUGAUAUCUCCGUCCGGGACAAACAAAACAAAACAGCGCUCAUCCUGGGUUGCGAGUACGGCUGCAAGGACGCGGUGGAAGUGCUGUUAAAGAACGGCGCCGACGUGAAGGAAGUGGACAGCUUGGGCCACGACGCCUUCCACUACGCUCGCCUCAGCAAGAACCAGGAGCUGGUGGCGUUGAUGAAGAUCUGCCUGGACAAGGCCAGCAGAGAUAAAGAGGCGGCAAAAAUAGAACAGUGGAAGCGACAGCAGUCGGUGGAGCGCUCAGACUCCAUGGAGUCAAACAGAAGGGAUCACAUCAUACAUGACUUGGAGAGGCAGAACGAGUCCCUGCAGGAAAGCCUGAGGAAAUCCCACCUGGAGCAGAGGGCUCUGCUGGAUAAGGUCAACGUGCUCCAACAGCAGCUCACUCAGGAAAAGAAAACGAUAGAAGACACCCACAAGGAGAAGGAGCAUUUAAAGGUGUUACUUAGCGCCAAAGAGCGAGAAGGGUCGCGAGGCUCGGAGACGGUCAAGGUCCAGCUGAAAAGCACCAUGGGGGAAUACAGCGGCCAGUCGGUGAUCAAAGGGAAGGAGAACUAUUUGGUGAAACAAGCUUACAGCUUGGAUUCGGAUCAGAAAGUGCAGAAUCCCGCCAUGUCGCGUUCACUCGCCAGACAGUCGGAGAAGGGUCUCCCCGGUGAGGCUGAUGUCGUCCGACAUGAGCUGGAGAUCCUCAGGAGGAAGCAGCAAGCGACCGAAGAGGACAGGGCACGACUUCAUUCUGCUCUGAGUCGAAAAACCCGAGAAUGCCAAGAACUGUUUCAGAGCAGAGAACUCAUCCAGAAACAGGCGGACCAGCAGGUCCAGGAGCUGGAGGAUGCCUUGGGGGACGUCCAGAAGAGGAUGCUGGACUCGGAGUGCAAGGUCAAGCAGCUGCAGGCCCACGUGGUUGCGGUGAAGGAGCACCUGGGAGGCCAGGCCACAGAGGAGCUGCGUGCCCAGCUUCAGGAUGUCAAGAGCAAGUACGAAGGAGCUUCUGCCGAGGUGGGCCGGGUUCGGAACCGCCUCAAACAGAGCGAGAAGGCCCUGGAGGAGUACAAGAACAGUGAAAGCCAGCUGGCCACGGAGGCUGAAAGGCUGAACGAAGCUCUCGGGGCUGUGAGCGCUCAGAGAGAUGAACUUGCAGACACAGUUCUGGAGAUGGAAACCCAGUUGAAGGAGGCCAAGUCCAAGCACGACGGCAUGGUGCCAGCCGAGAAGUUCGACAACAUGAAAAACCUGCUGACCAACGCCGUGGAUGAAAAGGAACGGCAGCUGGCCGAGCUGAGAGACGACUACGAUCGAGUCCUGGAGGAGGUGGCCGAGCUCCAUCGCAAGCUGGGUGGAACGGGGGUGGUGGUCUCAGAGGAACAGCAGAAGAUACAGGCUGCCCUGGAGGAGCAGAACGUCUCGCUGAAAAGGAAGCUCCAUGACGUCACGGCGAAGAGCCAGGCGCUCAUCCACGAGGUGGAGGACAGCGAGGAGGAGAGAGAGAUACUGCAGGAGAAGCUGGAGGAGCUGAACAGCAGACUCCAGACGGAAUUCGUACCCCUGAAGCAACACGAGGAAGCCCGGAUGAACAUGGUGUCCGCUGUGGAGGAACUGGAGGACAAGCUGGUGGAGGCCAGCGAACGUUACGGAAAAGCCGAGGCGCAGGUCCAGCAGCUUCAAACGGAGCGCGUGACGCUCCAGCAGAACGUCGACGCUCUGCAGGGCGCCGCCGAGAAGCAGCAGAGUGAAAUGGAGUCGCUGAGGAGGAAGCUGGAGACGCUCCAGACGAGGAGCGAAGACCGAGACCAGGAGCGUGAGCAGAGCCUGAAGAAGAGCACGGAGGGAGAAUUCGUGGCCAGGCAUCUGCACGAGAAGCUGAGGAUGGAGCUAACCGCCGCCCUGGAGAAGGUCAAGGCCGAGGCGGCGGAUCUGGAGUGCAGAGCUCAGGAAAGUGUCGAGGAAUUGAAGCAAGUGACGGAAGGGAAUGCCAAGUUACGGGACGAGUUGGAAGCGGUGUUGUCGGAGAGGGAACGCCACUACAUAAGCAUCCGGGAUCACAACAGGGUCACGGAAAGGUUGGCCGCUGCCGUGGCCGAAGCCGAGGACAAAGCAAACCGGCUAUCGCAGAUGCAGGAGACCGCCCGGGAGGAGAACGUGACGCUGACCCAGGAACUGGAAGCUCAGAAGAAGGAACUUGAUACCAUCCAGGAGGCCAUCCGGUCCAAGUUCAUCCCUGUGACGGCGGCCGAGGAGAAGGAGAACUCCUACAGCUGCCAAGUCAAGGAGAUGAAGGUGAAACUACGGGAGAUGGAGGACAAGUACAACCAAGAGAAGACUGACGGCGAGAACAACAAACUGGAGAAAGAGAAACUGAAAGUUGAGAUUGAAAGCGUUCAGCAAAGACUGGAGACGGCGCUCGCCGUUGGUGAGGAGCUCAGGGAGCGCGAGGAGGAGUUUCAGGGCCGCUACGAGGAGUUAUCCCUGAAGCUGGCCGGCCUGGAGGAGAAGCACGACAAGGUGCAGCUCGACAAAGCAGAGCUGGAAGACCAGAACGCUCUAUGCGACACGCAAAUCCAGAACCUCCAGGACCGUCUGAAGUCCGAGUUGACUCGGAUCGCGACGUACGACUCCGAGCUCAAGGCUCUCCAUGACGCCAUGCGCCAAGCCCAGGCGGACUGCAAGAGAGCACGGGAGGCUCAGCAGGUGGAGGUCCAAAAAGCGUGUGCCCUGCAGAAGGAGGUCCAGGAACUCCGCCGAGAACAGGCUUCUCUGCUGCAGGAACACGGCAAGGCCACGGAAGCCCUGGAGGCUGAAGUCGCCGAGCUCCGCGUGGCGCUCCGUGAAGAGGAGGAGACCAGCGGCCAGAGAGCGGAGGAUGUUUCGGCGCUGCAGUCCGAGCUCCUCCAAGCCACGCAGGCUCUGGAGGAGCGUCGCCACAAGGACGGCCAAAUGACCCAACUGAAGAAGGAGAAGCAGCUUCUCGAGGAGGAGGCCGCCGACCUCGGCACCAAGCUGCUGAGCGUGACAGAAGAAUGUCAGAAAGUCCACCGAGACGCCACCCAGGCAAGGGAGGGCGAGAGCCAAGCCCGGAAGGAGAUGGAGGCCGUCCACGAGAAGGGGCGGGCCAUCGAAAGAGAAAUCGGGGAGCUGAAGGAGCGCUACGAUGAGUCGCUCAGCACCAUCGGUGAUCUUCAGAGGAGAAUCCAGAUGUCGUCUCAGCUGACCGAAGCCAAAGACAAGAAGAUCACGGAGUUGUUGACGGACGUGGAGCGGCUGAAGCAAGCGCUGAACGGGUUGUCCCAGUUGGCGUACACCAGCAACAGUCCCAACAAACGCCAGACGCAGCACAUGGACGCCCUGCAGGUCCAGAUCAAGAACCUUCAACAACAGCUGGCUGAUGCUGAGAGGCAACACAGGGAGGUGGUGUCCAUCUACCGAACUCAUCUCCUCAGUGCGGCGCAGGGCCACAUGGACGAGGACGUCCAAGCCGCGUUGCUGCAGAUCAUCCGCAUGAGACAAGAGUUUGUGUGUUAAAAGCUUUCCUCAGCAUCACGCCAUGCCACCCGCAGAUCCAGGUCACCAUUCUCGGUAUCCUAUCACCCCCACCCCCCCCCCCCAGUCGGUCGGUCUUAGGCACACGCUUAUGAAAUCCUUUGCAGUCCGUCUAACUCGGGUACAACUCGAGCUGCGUCCGCGCUAGAACAGGUCUACAUGAAACUCCUCACCACUUCUCACAUUCCGACUUGAUUGACAGUCAAACCAUGUGGGCAUGCUGGCCUCUCCUCGUGACAACAAACGCUUGGUGUGCCUUUGGAAGUGCCAAACGCUGGAGACGCUCGUCUCCCCAAUAAAAGUCAGGAUAUCAUGAGAAACAAAACGCUGCCAUAUUUGGGAAAGUCGGCUGGGGACAAGGGUAUCAUGUUAUGACAAGUCGGAAUAUUACUAAAAAAAACAUGGAGAAAUUAACAAUAAUUAUUAUAAAAUAAGCAUUUUAUGAGAUGAAUGUUAAGUAACGUCAUUUUAGUAGCACAAAAUAUUAAAGAAAAUGUGUUAUGUUUUAAGUGGUAAUAUGAAAAACAAACAACAAAAGAAAGAAAGUUGUCAUUUUUGGAGAAGAAAUACUACGAGAAUAAAGUCAGAAAAAUGUCAGACGUCCAUCAGGAAUGCGGACGGUGGCUAUCGUGUGUGCUGGGUGGUGUGGGCUUAUGCUGGAUUUCCUUCCGUUUGCGGUGGCUGCUGGUCUCUGUGUUGAAACCCGAGUGUCCUCUAGUGGUCGGACUUGGCAGGCCAAGUUGGUAGAGUUUGUGAGGUCCCGUGGGGGGGAGGGGGGCGCACUCCCUGGAAGCUGAUGACUUUGGAAAGCCGAGACAGAAACUUGACUUUGAGAAUAUCACAGCUCCCCGUGACUGCACCCCCCCCCGGCCAUCUGAAUGUGUGUGUGUGUGUCUUGUGCCUUUUCACCCACUUUUUUCAUGGCUUUGUACUCGUUUGAUGACUGGACUAAAUAAAUAAGGUGUGACAGUUGCAACAUUCAGCAGGUCUGGAAGUAGAAGUAGAACGGCACAAAAGCUACCUUAUGUUGACUGAGAUGGCAUCCUAUCUCCCAAGAAUAGAGCACUCCUGUCUUUCACUUAACAAGUCACUUUUGAUACUUGGCCCGCGUCUUUGGAUUCUCUUCUCCUCCUCAACCAUCCGUGGCGACUCAAAUAUGAAAUAUUUGUCUUUGUCAGUCACUCCUGAAUCAAUAAAAGUGCCUAA